AGGAAAGCACACUGAUGCUGCGGUGAAUCUCCUCAGGUGCCGGGAGCUGAGCUGGAGCUGAGGGAGGAAUGAGUGAAGCCGAAUUAGCAGGGCAACAGACCACCCACUUUCAGAGUCUUUUUGCAGAGCGUGGUAAGCGUUGGAUACAGAUGGUCUGUGAGAACCAACAGGAUGAAUUUCAGUACUACUAAUUACACUUUCGAGAGCAAAGGAUUUGGUGGCACUUGGGUAGAAUUUGUCAAGAAUAAGUUCAGUACUUAUCCUCAGGACCUCCCUGAAAUCAUCCUAGUAUUGGCUUUGAUCUGCACAAUUGGAGCAAUUUUGAACCUACACUUGAAAGAUUUUAUAAUUCCUCUCCCUGUGAUACUAUUUUUAAUUGGGUGCAGUUUUGAAAUACUCAGUUUUGCAUCUGACCAGGUCCUAAGAUAUGCUCAUGCCAUACAAUGGAUGGAUUCACAAUUAUUUUAUUAUUUAUUUACACCAGUAAUUAUCUUUAAUGUUGCAUUUGACAUGGAUGUUUACAUGUUCCAGAAGUUAUUUUGGCAGAUCAUUUUAAUUACAAUUCCUGGAUGUUGUAUCAAUUAUAUCUUAAUUCUUUGGUAUUUGACAUCUGUGAAUAAAUUACGUUUGAGAACCACCCCAUGGUUAUUAUUUGCAUCUAUCCUUAUGAGUUCAGAUCCCAUGCUGACUGCAGCUGCUAUAAGAGACCUUGGUCUUUCUAGAGGCCUCAUCAAUUUAAUUAAUGGGGAAAGUCUGAUAACCUCUAUAAUGUCUUAUAAUAUGUUUACUAGUAUCAUGGAUUUUAACAUCGACCAGAAAAGUAUGAACCAUUCCUUAGCACGUAGCAUCGUGAGUCCAAUAUUGUCAUAUUAUCUAUCAAGUUUCUUGUUUGGAAUUUUAUGUGCAAAACUGGUUCAAUUGUGGAUGUCUACUGUUUUUGGUGAUGAUAUCAACCAUAUAAGUCUCAACUUUUCAAAUCUGUACCUCAUCUUUUUUAUUUGUGAGCUAGUUGGAAUGUCUGGAGUCUUUACACUGGCCAUUAUGGGACUUUUCUUAAAUUCUACAAGUCUUAAACCAGGAGUUGAGUCACUACUACUUGAAUUCUGGAAUUGUCUAGCAUUUGUUGCUUUUCUUAUGGUGUUUACUUUUAUUGGACUUCUAAUUCCUGCACAUACGUAUUUAUAUGUAUCAUUUUCUGAUAUAUACUAUUCAUUAAAUAUCUACUUCACACUUAUUGUUUUAAGACUUCUGGUCUUCCUAAUAUUGAGUCCUCUUCUGUCUCGACUUGGUGAUGGGUUCAGCUGGCGCUGGGCAUUCAUAAUGGUCUGGAGUGAAAUGAGAGGUUUGCCUAAUGUAACAAUGGCCCUUCUGCUUGCCUACUCUGACCUUUCUGUUGGAACUGAGAGGGAAAAAUCGCAAGUACUAUUUCAUGGAGUGUCAGUAUGCUUAAUCACCCUGAUUGUCAAUAGAGUUAUUUUGCCAAUGGUAGUCAGUAAACUAGGUCUGCGUGAUGUCACAUCAACAAAAUAUAAGUCACUUUAUUAUACAUUUCAACAUUUUCAAGAAAUAACCAAAUCUGCAGCCUCCGCACUCAAAUUUGAUAAAGAUCUUGCUAAUGCAGAUUGGAACAUGGUUGAGAAAGCGAUUAUAUUUCAAAACCCAUAUGCAUUAAGCCAAGGAGAAACAACAGAACAUCAAAAGGUGAACUGUCCAAACUGUAACACAGAAAUAGACGAGACCCUUAACAUUGAAGCAAUGGAACUGGCCAACAGGCGUAUUCUGUCAGCACAAAUAGCAAGCUACCAGAGACAAUACAGGAAUGAGAGUCUGUCUCAGAGUGCGGUCCAGAUGCUGGUGGGCGCAGCAGGAAGCUUUGGUGAGAAGGGAGAGUAUAUGAGUCUUGAAACAAUAAAGAAUUAUUCUGAAAGCAAAACAAUUCUUACCUUUGUUAGAAAAGUAUUGCUCAAUUGGGUAUAUAAUACUAAAAAGGAAAAAGGGAUCCCAUCAAGAUAUUGCUUUCUUAAUGUAUUCCAUAAAAUAGUAUUUACUGAUGAAUUUGAAUAUGUCGGAUACCUUGUGAUAUUAAUGAACACAUUCCCUAUUAUAAUUUCUUGGAUGCCCACAAUAGAUGACGUCUAUGAGGAUGAAUUAAGACAAUCUAACUACGUAUUUAUGGGAUUUUACAUCCUGGAGUGCCUAGUUAAGAUAGCAGCAAUGAGGAAAGAAUAUUUUUUGCAUGCCUGGAACAUAUUUGAAUUAGUAAUUGCAUUAAUUGGCAUCGUAGAUGUAAUAAUUGUUGAGGCAGAGACCAUUUAUGACAUUUUUGAUUUGGAUGAAAUAGUGGUGUUUAUUAAAGCUAUUCGACUUCUUCGCGUACUACGCAUUUUGAAGCUCAUAACACCAAAGUUGCUGCAAUUUAUAGAUAAGAGGAUGAGUCAUCAGCUGUCCUAUAAAUAUGCUAUUCUAAAAGGAUAUGUCCAAGGUGAAGCAGACAUCAUGACUAUAAUUGAUCAGAUUGCAAGUUCUAAGAAGGUUAAACAGGUGUUAUUAAAGAGAAUAACGAGGAAUACAGUGCACGCUCUAAAAGAGCUAGGUUACUUAGAGUAUGAUCACCCAGAAAUUGCUGUCACUAUGAAAACAAAGGAGGAGAUUAAUGUUAUGCUCAGUUUGGCUAGAGAAAUUGUUAGGGUUUUCAGGUUAAAAGGAAUUCUUCAUAAAAUUGAAGCUAAUGAGAUUAACAAGUUAAUAAUGGACAAAAAAAGAGAAUUGCUUGAUUUUGAACCCAUUGUCAAGCCACUUACUCUUACUGAAGCACUAUACCAUAUUCCAUGGUUAGAUAAAAACAAUGACCAUAUAAAGUUUAUUCAG